UAAUAUUAAAAGAAAGAAUAAAAAUAAUAAUAAGAAGAGUUGUGUGCUAAAAGAAUAAAUAUUUAUGAUCGGUUUUAGCCGGUCUUUUGAGAACCGACUUUGUUGUCCGAGGGCGGCCUCGAUGGCGGCGGGAUUGUCGCUCAAUGUGGACCCCUAAGAAGGAAUCAAAGUUUCGGAAUAGUCAAAUGUCUCGUAAAGAAGUAGCUGCUGCUGUUGCUUGUUCAACAACAUCUUGUAAGUCAAAACAAUUCCCGCGAUUCUUUCGAAACCGUCGAGCAUCAUCGGUUUCUCUUGUGUGGCCAUACGUUGAUGUAAACGCCGGUUCGGUGAUAUCCGAACAAAUAGAAACGAGUUCGUUGACGUCUUUGCCGGAUGAAAGUAAAAAACUGUUAAUCGAAGAUAAAAAUAAUAAAUUUAAGACGAAAAAUCACGAGGAAGGUAACGGAUAUACGGAAAUAGUUUGGUGUUUGGAUCAUUCAUCGACCUUUCUUAAAUGUAUACCUUCAGAAGUUGGUGCUGGUGGUAUUGUUGAUGAUCCCGAAGAUAAAACAGGAGACGUAGAGACAGUUGCUAGCAUCGAAAAAUGGUUGAAAGCGAGAACGGAAUCCGUCUCAAGCAUGGAGUUGGAUGUUACCAAAUUGGAGGUAGAAGAAAACGUAGAAAGAUAUUUAACCAACGAUUUGACACAUUCUUUCUUACCGAAGGAUCCUGACACUUUGUCCAUUGACAUUGAUUUGUCCGAUAAAAAACUUAACCUGAGUUACGAGCAUUCCAUAUUGCAAGAACUUCAGACGGAGAAAUUGUUAGGGGUAUGCGAAAAAGAUGAUGAAUUUAUAUUACCCGAAUUUAGGUUGGACCAACUUGAUCCUUUGGCUCUUUCACCUGAUGAUAUGAUGGUCGCUGGGGAAAUCUUACCGUCCACCAGUGGUUCUACUUCUUUGACUACGCCAAAUGAACAUCUUACUGAUACAUCUAACAAAUCGGAAAAAGAAAGAGUACAGUUGAUCGAUCAAACAGAAGAUACUGAAAAUCAUACUUCUAUGGUUGAUUCCACAGAGUUGACCAAUUUGCCUAUCGUCUUUGAAAACAUUAACGUUAUGCAAGAUACACCUGAAGCUAAUAAUAUCGUUUCUUCUCCAAAAAGUGUAUCCAAUUCUUUUACUGAUGUUCUUGAUAACGAUGACGUUAUAGAAAAUACAACAAACGUUAUUGAUGUAGCUAACUCUGGCAAUAAUAUUAUGCAACAAUUGAAAUCCAAGGCAAGAAUCAAAUUGGAACCAAGAAUCAUUAAGAAACGUCGAAGGAUAUCUGACAAAUUUGAUGAAAAAAUUAAAUCCAAGGAAGGCGUAAUGACUGUCGUCGCCAUAUCGACAGAUAAAAUUUCUAAUAUGACACAAAUUGUUAUUAAUACUGGUACAGAAGAACAAAUUUAUCAGGGUAAGACAUCAGAACUGAUAGAAGCUACAGGAAAUUUUCCUAAAUUGCCAAGAAUAGAAACUUCUCCAGCUUGGAGCGGAUCCUUAGAAUGCAAUUCUGAAAUGAAUCCUAGCAGUCAACAUGAAAUGAUAAUAUCUAAUGCUUUAGCGGAAUUAGGGGUUACGGAUGACAAUUUGCAACCUGUUACGGUAAGCGAACAUGGGAAACUUUGGUUAUGUCCAAAAGAAGGUUGUGAUAAACAAUUCAAUAGACUGUAUGCUUUAAAAGGACACUUGCUAUCUCAUUACGGAGUGAGACCGUUUAAGUGCGACAACGAAGGAUGCACUUGGGCAUUUUAUUCGGAAUUUAAAUUAAAACGGCACAAAGAAACUCAUUCGAAACGUAAAGAUUACGCUUGUCAAGUAGAGGGUUGUAAUAGAAGAUUUACCACCAUAUAUAAUUUAUGGAGUCAUCAGAAAUUACAUACUCGUCCUAAUAGAAUUAAGUGUCACGUACCCGAUUGUCAGGAGAAAUUUCAAACCAAGAGAGCACUGGAGUUGCACAUGAGAUCACAUGAUCAGAGUCAUGCACCUUACGUAUGUAAACACGAAGGUUGUGGUAAAAGAUAUUAUAGUAGUAAUGCAUUAACAUCGCAUCAAAGGUGCCACAGUUACAAAGAAAUCGAUGUUAAGUGUUCAUGGCCCGGAUGUGGUAAGGUAUUUGACAAACCAUGUAGACUGAAAGCACACAUACGUUCUCACACUGGGUGUAAGCCAUAUCUUUGCACUUUUCAAGGCUGUCAGUGGGCUUUUUCUUCAUCCAGUAAGUUGAAAAGGCAUCAAAAAAAGCAUACUAAUGAACGGAAAUUUAUAUGCGAUGUUGCUUCCUGUGGAAAAGCCUUUAUGAGAUCUGAACAUCUUAAAGAACAUAGAUUGACGCACAAGGAAGGGAGGUACUUUCAAUGUUGCAUAUGCAACACACAAUUUUCUGCAAAAAGUAGUUUGUACGUACACAUUAAGAAACAUCAAAAUAAAGAAGAGAUAGAAAGAAAUAUUUCUAAACAAACGUUCAGCGAAUCUUCGAGUAUAAAAAACCGUUUUAUAAUGACUGAAUCUCGUUGUUCUAAAGCAAAUCCUUUUGUAACGCAGAAAAAAAAAUCUAUCGAACUUAACAAAGAUCUUAUUUCCCAGAAUGCUUCCACACCAGUAUUGUCUCAACCGUGCGAAUCGAGUUUAAAUAACGACGACGAAAAUCAAAGCUUAGAAAUGAUAUCUAAUCAAGAUGAAAUUAAAACGUUAUAUCAUUGUCCUGUAGAAACAUGUACAAGAUCGUAUAGUACAAAAGCGACGUUAAGAGCGCACAUGUCAAAAAUACACGGUACACCUAUCGGAGAUUGUGAUAAAUCAUUAAAAAGUAAAUCUACAAAUGUUAUAGAUUUUAACAAUAUGGACUAUGUCUUAUAUGCUCCACCUUCUUCAGCAUCGGAAUCUACCGAACAAAUGGUCAUGGUAACGCCAUGCGAUACUGUAGUUGUUAACAACCCUUCGGAAAUGGAUUCUUUGCCUGAAACGCAACCGCCUCUCUUAGACAUCGUUCUAAGAAACGAUUCUAUUCACGAAAAUGCAACGAACGAACAAUUAUUGCAAUCUAACGUUAAAAAAAAUCACGGCUCCGCGAGGACAAAUUUAACAUUUUCGGACGUGUGUAAAUUAAAAACAAAAGGUGCGCCGAUGAGUUCCAUUGCGGGAGCAUCGGAUGUAACAUUAGGUGCUAGUGAUAUGAAAGGGGAAUUAUUAUUUACCGAAGAAUUACCAUCUAUGUAUUAUCAAGACGACGUAGGGGGAACGGAGUAUCAAGUUUUAUUACUUGAUUCAGGACCGUCGGAAAGUGCUGUAAAUUUGCGCGGUCUUGAAUAAUGUGUUAAAUGUUUGAAUAUUGCUAUUAAAAAAACAAAAAAAAAAAA